UAUUUGUCAUUGUACCUGUGUUCAAUGAAAUUUGGAGUAUCUCUAUGAGCAGUGCAUACAGUUAAAAUGAAAAUAAAUAAAUAACUAAAAUAUAAAAAUUAGAAAAAAAUGCAUGCACAAUACACACCAGAAUUACAAGAACUAUACACACAUCCAUUUCACAGUCUUUGGUCAUAUUAGAAAUUGUCUAUCCUUUGCAUUUUUUAAUUCAUACUAUUUUUUGUUUGUAGUGUUUAUUCUAAUGCUAGGUUAAUUUUUAUCUUAUAAAGGUAUCUGUUUUGUCAUAUUGUGAAUUUUAUUUUAUUCAAUUAAAAACACUUUUUCUCUUUUAUACUUUUUGUUUUAUGUUUGUUGUGUUUAACUUCAUUCUAACAGCUGUAAUAACAAUUUUUCCCCUGCUGUGGGAUGAAUAAAGCGUGCACCUGGGUGUUUGUGUAGAACAACAUAAAUUCAAAUAAGCAUAAUUAGAAAUAGACAAAAGUGAUGUUUUCCACAUCCCAUAUAUAUCAGGUAAUACACUAAAGAGCAUGAACAGAAUCUACAUGGAGAAAAAGAAACACUUUAAACUGGGAGCACUCGACCAAAAUCACAAUAUCCUUUACAAGUCUGUAAACAGCUCCAGUGAGUUACAAAAUACAAGUCUGAGUGGAAAGGACUACAGAAGACACACUAUAACUACAAGUAAAACUACACGUCCAUCAACACUGUGUUUAGCUGACAAAGAGAAUACCACCACCAGGAAAGACAAGGAUAGGCUCUUCCCAUCAUCACUGCAAAUUAUAUUAUUUUAACUAUUACAUUUUUAUAUUUGUUUAUAAUUAAAUUAGCCUGAUUCAAAUAACAAUGUAAGCAUUUCUGUACAUUUAAGGUUUGUUUUAGUCUAAAGACCCGGAGAUGACUUUUUUAACGGUACUUCCAUCCAUUAGAAAAUGCUCCCUCCGGUGGUUAAAGUGUAGUACUGCAUCAAAGGGAUCUUACAGACCUAAUUUCGACUUUUGAGUGAGAGCUGUGGGCUUGAAUUAUUCCAUAACUAAUAAUGGCAGUUCUAAAUUAGUUUAAAAAUGAUGUAAACAUUAUUUCAUUAAAGUACACAUGAUCCUGUAUGAUUUUUUUUAUAUUUACAGGAGAAAAAUAAUGUUUAAAUCUGUCAGCUGAUCUCCCGCCUGCAGAUCUAUCAUUUCUUCAGUCUUCCAUCCAUAACGAUGCCCACCCUCAAUCCUCACCCUUCAUCCCUUCCUAGCUCCACUUCUUUUCCACUACAGCCCUGCUCCACAUCCUGCUGCAGAGCAUCACAGAAGCUUGUAACCCAGCAUCCAGGUCUUAGUGUUAGCCCGGCUCGUUUCCAUACGUUGCUCCAGAAUCAUUUCUGCAUGCUUAGCCUUUAGUUCCAGUUCCUUCAUGAGUAACCUUUCUUCUGCUGCCAGUCACCUGCCUGCCCUCAUCUUCUGCCCUGUUCAUCAGUUUAGUCCACCGCCAGGCCGCCCUCUGCUCAGCCUCUUCAAACCUCCCCCGCAGAUAACAGCCCGCUGUGCUCUGUUUCCUUGCCCUCUUGCACUGCUCGGCCAUUCUCUCAAGAUCAUCGUUUCCCAUUAUUUAAUUAUUUAUUUUAUUUUACCAGUUUUUGCAUUUUCCUUGGAUUCUCCUCCAAGAGUUCUCCCACUGACAGGCUUCACUUGAACUUUUUGGACCAGAGUGCGUUCCUGGCUCAGCAUCUGAGUCAGCCAAAGCUUAUAUUAUUGAUAAGCUGGCAGAGAUAUUUAGGUCCCCAAUCUGGUUCUUAACACAGUAUUAGCCUCUAACAGAACAAAAUAAAGACAUCUCUUCUUUUGAUUGAUUCUUUUACUUUUCAUAGAAGUGCUUUUCACUUUUUAAUCUACCAAAAAAGAGGAAAACGGGACCAUCUUAGUAUUUCCUUGUUUAUAUUAAGUUCUUCUUUGACAGUAUUCAGUGUUUUCAUUUGAAGAAAUAUCUCCAAGCGUAUCACCACUGAAACAAUGUCAAACAUGCUUAACAGUGCGACACCUUAACCCUUUGAUAAGUGACCAUAUUGCUGUAAUAGUUAAGCAACAUGGUCAAUAAUAAACUGGUAGCAACUCAAAUCCAUAAUGUAUGAGAAAAAGACAAAUUACCCCCCCCCCCCAUUCUGCCCACUCCCUUGAGUAUUUAAGCAUUUGCAGACAUCUUGUAGAUGUAUUUCCUACUAGUGCCUCCAGUGAAUUCAGUUUCACUACUUCUCUAAGAGGAUACCUCCAUACGCCUUUGCUUUGUCUUUCUAAUCAUUGUCAUGGUGACCCACCUGCAGCACAACAACCUCAGCACAGAGCACAUCCCCGGUGCCCUGAGCCGAGCAGGUCACACCGUGGCGGCUGUCUUUCUUGGGUUCGUCCUGGUUCUGGGGUUCUUCGGCAACUUUCUGGUGCUCCUGGUGUUCUCACGCUUUUCUGGGCUGAGGACUCCGGCCAACCUGCUUCUCAUCAACAUCAGCAUCAGCGACAUGCUCGUUUGCAUCUUUGGCACAUCCCUCAGUUUUUCCGCCAGCGUACGUGGCAGGUGGCUGACAGGUUCCUACGGGUGCCAGUGGUAUGGCUUCUCCAAUGCUCUAUUCGGGAUCGUGUCUCUAGUGUCUCUGGCUCUCCUGUCCUUUGAACGCUACUCUGUGCUUCUCUGCAAGCAGCAGUCGGACUCCUGUCAGUACCGCAGGGCCUGGCUCGCCGUCGCAGCCUCCUGGCUCUACUCGCUGGUGUGGACUGUGCCGCCACUGCUGGGCUGGAGCAGCUAUGGGCUGGAGGGUCCUGGCACCACCUGCUCAGUCCAGUGGCACCAGCGCACAGCCACAGCUCGCUCUUAUGUCAGCUGUCUGUUCGUCUUCUGCCUCCUCCUGCCGCUGGUGCUCAUGUUCUUCUGCUACGGGAAGAUCCUCCUGGCUGUACGAGCAGUGGCGAGGCAGGUCACAGGGGUUAACUCAACCUACCCUGACUGGAGAGAAGGCCGUGUCCUCCUGAUGGUGGUCACCAUGGUGACGGGCUACCUAUUGUGCUGGAUGCCAUACGGAGUUGUGGCAAUGCUAGCUUCCUUUGGAAGGCCGGGCUUAGUGCCGCCUGCCGCCAGUUUAAUCCCUUCACUGUUGGCAAAAACCAGCACUGUGAUCAACCCCUUCAUUUACGUGGUGCUGAACAGCCAGUUCUCCAGGUGUCUCCUGCACAUGAUCGGGUGCAGCUCACAAGCUCCGCCCACCCCAGAAAACCCCACGCAGCCCAGCAGCAGGGAGAUGUGGCAUCACGCUCCCAGCACGCCAACACGGGAACAAAAUACAGUAACGCCCCAGUUCACGUCCAGAGGGCAGCAGGUCCAGCCUGGUGCUAGUGGCUCAGUGUGAAGCACAGAAGAUAACGACUGUCCUGCUUUAUGAACAUGCUCUGUAUUUAUAAUUAACGAGUCAGUUCUUUUUCAAUUACAAGAAAAACGAAAAACAAGAAAACUUCACAUUACUGCAAGUGUACUGACAUAUGCAGACUCUGUCGUUCCUUUAAAUGAUGCUAUGUCAAUUUGGCGCCACCGGGUGGCGCUAUGGAGGGCAUUAAACUAGUAAACAAAUAGGUGGACCACAGCAAGAGGUGACAUUUAUUUUCUUUUUAAUAAUGCUCAACAAUUUACCACAAUUAGAAAUUGUUCCAGUUCUGAAAUUCCUGAAUGGGCAACAGCAAAAUAAUUUAUUAAGAAAAUAAACAUACAUCUUCAAAAAAUAUACAGUCAUUAUGCUUCACAAACACUGAGCUCCCAGCGAGUGAGGGAUUGGUCUGAAGACAGAUUCACAUUGUGAUGGUGAGGUCAUAACAGCUGACAUGAUGGUCGAGCUGAAACACAGAUUCGACCUGGAGGGGUGGAAUGAUGAGUGGCGAAGAAGCAGAACUUCCCUGAGGAGGUAGUCCACUCCAGACGUUAAAAGCCUGCAUCUUAAACACUCCGCCAGUGUACAGACACGGACACCGCACACGAGUCUUAUGAACGACUCAGAAACACACAUGGAACACUUAAAUCUUUCCCGCCAGGUGUAGCUCCUCCAGAACUUGAAGUCUGUCGUUGCGGCGCAUCCAUAUCGCUGAACA